AUGGAAGAGGCUCUUGCAAAAAUUCGACCUCACACAUCGUCGUCCUUGGCUCAUCAAAAAACGCCGGCAACGCUCCUAAUUGCAAUCGAAUCUACCUUGCGCGAGCAAAAGACGGAUUUGACGCCAACUGCUUACUUCGCUGCUCUCUUGACCACCCUUGACGGGUCCAUACAGAAGAAAGACAUCUCUCUGAACGACGGUGAUGUUUUACCAGCAGAGUUGUAUCUAUUGGCUCUUGUUGUCCCGUUUGUUCCCCUUCCAGUUGUCCGCAACAACCUUAAUACUCUGCUCUCUCUCACUGCUCCCUUAUUUCCAUCCUUGAAUCAACAUGCUCCAGCCUUGCGAUCUCAACUAUCUAUAUAUCUCACCAUCUUCCACUCUUUGGAUCGGCCACUCUUGGAAACGCAGGGCAUCCGACAAACAUUUGCAUCUAUCUUACAACUAUCUAUAGAUCCACGGCCCAAGGUCCGCAAAAAGGCAGCCGAUCUCGUAAAAGAUGUGCUUGACAACCCUCCCGCACCGUUAGCACGACAUCCCUACUCGGAUCAGGUCGCUGCGUGGUUGAGUUCUGCUCUUUUGGAAGCCAAUGCAGGUCCGUUUGGAAAGGCCAAGCCAGGUGCAGAAAGCUCGCUACACGUUUUAGCACUUCUGCGACCCCUUCUUCCCAAUUUGCCAUCUUCGGCUCUCCCAUCCAUUACCAAAUCCCUUGUUUCGCUUCCACGUUUAGGCAACGUUUAUCUCUCUCAAUCCGCAUAUUCCAUUCUAUCUGAAAUCUUGGUACUCCCUCUGGAAGACAGUGCAAGUGGCGUUGGUGAACAAUUGUCUGAUAUCUUAAAAGUCAUUCUCUCUUCUCCACCGUCCAAGUCCGAUGCAACACUUUGUGCAGCUUGGGUCCAAGUACUUGGCGAUGCUACGUUUGCGUACAGCGUGGUUGAUUCUGUUUCAUGCUCUUCAGAGUUGGGAAAAGUUUGGAAAAGCGUAUGGAACUUCUUGGACUCUUCAGACCCAACGACAAGAAAGUCAGCAGCAAAAGCUCUGGAUGUUUUAACCCGAUGUUUUUCGCCACGCCUUAUCGAAUCUGCCAUUGCAGAUACUAAUGAGGCCUCUCUUAUUAGAAAAGUUAUCAGCCAGGUCACAAAAGCAAUGAAUUCUAUAGCAUUCGCUCGAGCCAUGCCUGAACUUCUCACCGUUGUUUCAGCCUUAUUCUUGAACCUCCGUUACAAGCCCUCCAAGGCGUCUCCCACUGCUGCCGAAAUCCUCCUGGUACCAAUUGUUAGUCAACUAGGUCACAUGAGGAUUCAAAAAGGGUUCGAUUUCAAAGAGGCGGCAGAUGCAACUCUUUCCGCAGCCAUGCGUGUUCUGGGCCCCGAGGUAGUUUUCAAGGUGCUUCCAUUGAACCUAGAGCCAGGAGUCCGCCAACCAGGUCAAGAACCUCGAGCAUUCUUGCUGCCCCUCAUUUCGCAACCCCACCCAUCGCCUCUGGGUCAUUUUGUGUCCUAUUUUGUGCCACUGAGUGAGCGUAUGUUUGACCUGCAGCAGACGGCUGCCACACAAGGACGGCAAUCGGAAGCAAAGGUUUGGAAUGUUUUAGUAGGCCAAGUAUGGUCAGGCCUUUCAGGCUACUGCUUUGAAACCCCUGACUUGAAAGAGGCACUGAAUCCUGCUUUCUCCCAGCUACUCUCCCAGCUCCUGUAUAGCCAGUCUGAGCUUCGACCUGCCAUUUUGAAGGCCCUCAGGAUCUUAGUGGACUCGAAUCUGGCUAUUUCUGCGUCAGACGCCACACAGACUUCGUUGGCAUCAUUAACUCCCCAGGAAGCUGCCGCUAAUGUUGUGUUCCUCCGUACCCAAGUGGAGAGUUGGCUAGCCGUUCUUUUUAACGUUUUUGGGAGUAUUGGAAGGGAUUCGCGGGGUAUGAUUGGAGAUGUCAUUACCGCUUGGGCGAGUAUUGGUGAAGAACAAGAAAUUCAUAACGCGUAUGACAAAGUCGUGCAGUUGUUGAAGACCAAUCUCGCGAUGUGUCAAAAGGCGCCCGCAACUACCGCCAUCGAAACCAAUGAUGCAGGAAAUAUGACCACCACAUCGCAAGAUAUCUUAAUUUUGCUCCUUCCGUACUUAUCCCCUGCAGACUCUAUGUCACUCUUCGAUCUCUGCUUAACCCCCGAAAUUCUGAAUGGAAGAAACAAUGGAAUACAGAAGCGGGGCUAUAAGAUUUUGACCAAACUCGUCGAUGGCGGUAUAGUUUCUGUCAACGCUGAAACCGUUGUUAGAAAGUUAGACGAGAUGGUGGAUGGCUUGACUGCCGCCGCCAAGAAGGAUCGCUUCAAUUUAUUGGCCCUAUUAAUCCCUCUGUUGCCACCAUCUGCAAUGCACGUUAUCCCGACUCUCAUCCCGGAGGCCAUUUUGGGAACAAAGGAACCUUCCGAGAAAGCGCGAGGGGCUGCAUUCGAGGUCAUUCUCGUGAUGGGUCGGAAGAUGAGUUCUGGAGGUGUCGUGAAAAGGAGCAUGGUUGAUGGAAUGGACGAAGACGCUGUUGAUGCCAAAGCAAGCAUCGAAGAAUUUAUGACAAUGGUAGUGGGUGGCCUGGCUGGUGCAAGUCCACACAUGAUCAGUGCCACCAUUACAGCUAUCUCCCGCCUUGUGUUUGAGUUCAAAGACUCGAUAUCCCCAAAUAUGCACUCUGAGAUCUUCAUGAUGCUCCUCGUUUUUCUUUCCUCGGCUAACCGAGAAAUCGUGAAAUCCGUUCUUGGUUUUAUCAAACUGGCGAUCCAUACGCUCCCGGCGGAUUUAAUUCGGCCGCACCUCAAGGACCUUGUCCCAACGCUUUUGAACUGGUCUCAUGAUCAUAAAAAUCACUUCAAAGUUAAAGUUCGGCAUAUUUUUGAACGAAUGCUAAGACGAUUCAGCUGGGACGAGGUCUACUCGUGUGCUGGCGAGGAGGAAGCCGCGAAAGUACUCGUCAAUAUCAAAAAGCGGAAAGACCGAGCUAAGCGCAAGAGAGCCAACAGGGCCGACGAAGAUGAAGACGCAAAGGAGCCAACCUUUUCAAAACCUGCUGCUGGGGAUGCUUUUGAGGAUGUCCUCUAUGGCAGCGAGAGUGAAUUAGACGAUGAUAGCGAGGAUGAUAGGCCUGCACCUCAAGUACAAUCGUCGAAGAAGAAAGCCGUCGAGUAUGGGGCGCGCUUGCGGCUAGACGACGAUGAACCCACGGAUCUCCUCCAAGGAGCUACGUCAAAAAUAACUAGUUCUGGUCCAAAUCGUCGGCGCAAACCUGGACAAGAUGCAGCACAUUUCAAAACAGAUGAAGAUACUGGGAAGAUGAUUAUCGAUGCCGAUUCUGACUCUGGGGCUUCCUCUGGAGCGCACGCUACAGCCGAAGUUGCCGGUUCUGCGUAUAAGGAGAGCUUGACGUCGGUUGAUGGCUUCACAAGAGGUCCAAAUGGUCGAAUCAAGUUUCAUAAGGAUACAAAAAAGCGGAGACGGGAGAAUGAAGGUGCCGAGCAGGAUGUGGAAAUGGCAGAUGGAGAAGUUCAAGAAACUGGCAAGGCCAAAAAAAGUAAAAAGACGACCGAGAUCAAGCUAGGCCAUGAAUUCAAGGCAAAGAAAGCGGGAGGUGACCUCAAGAAGGGUGGCGUUGACCCCUACGCGUACCUAUCAUUAUCACAGGCAGCAAAGAAAGGCGGGCGGGGAAGUGGCAAAAUUGGAAUAACAGGAAAACGUUGA